CGAAUGAAAUGGAGUUUCAAUGAUUGGAAAACAGACACACUAAAUAUACGUUCGUAUGGAAAGCUAUGGGUUCCAGACAUCAACAGCGACAAGUUUCAAACUUCUUCUCAAAGUGGUGAUUAUGCGCAGUUUUACGAUAUAAUUGCAAAAAACAAUGGUAAUGUGACGGGAAGGCUGGAACUAAAAAUGCAAGCAUAUUGUGACAUUGAUUAUACCAAUUUUCCAGACGACGAUAAAAGAUGCUGCUUUCGCAUGAAAUCGACUCUCUAUCCUCAUUAUAUCCGAUAUUAUUUGUCUCAGACAGAUGGUAACAAAGCGCAAAUAAUUGAAUUAUGCAUGCAAGUACGGAGGCACUCAUCAACGCUACGCAUUGAACUAAUGCUUCCUAUGAUGAUUUCUUCAUUAUUCGCUGUAACUGCACCACUUUUCGGCUCAUUCCGUGAUCAGAUCAAUGUCAAACUAUUUGCAAUACUCAUUCAACUGAUUAGCUUCACGUUUCUGGCCAUGAAAACUCCCCAAGUUGGAUUUGGUGAAACUGUACCAAACAUAUAUACAUUUUACGUAUUCACGCUGAGCAUAACAGUUAUAAGCCUACUCUCUACAUCCGUCAUCAGCGCUAUGUCACGAGUUCAACGAAAAUUACCACCCGCUCAUCGAUACACAUUACUGGCGGCAGCAAUCAACAGCAGUUUUUGUAGUACAAAUGAAAUAAGUAAUCCAGUAGACGGAACUUCAGUUAAGGAUUAUCAUCAUGACUGGCUUCAAAUUUAUAUUUCAAUUAAUAAUAUGGUAUCACUAAUGAUUUUUUUUGCGUAUGUUAUUGGUAUUAUUAUCAUAUUUUAUAUCUGA